GCCUGUGGUUGGCUGUUGCUGGAGUUCGUGCCUCACUCUUAAGGUUCCCCCAGCCAGAGGCGAUGGAAGAGGGUCUGGAGCCGGGGAGCUGCUCUAAGGACGAUUGAGUUCGAACCUACCGCUCAACUCGUUCAGCGGGUGUGCACCCUCCUGAUUUACCGCUGGGCACCUGGGGCUGGGGGUGUGAGGACUGCUCUGAGAUACCAUUGUGUGGUUUGAAUCAGGAAUGAAAUCUGGGAGCACAGAGCAGAAGCUGUUUUGGUCAACAUGGCGGACAAAAGACAGCAAGCGCGAGUGCAGGGAGCCUGGGCUGCCCCUAAGAGACGGCCGGCUGCUCAGCCAGCUGCUGCUGCUGGGAGCCAUCUCCAGCAGACACCUGGCCAGACCUGGAGGGACAAGGAGCAUCGUCUGUCUGACAGAGAGUUUGUGUUCAGAGAACCCCAGCAGGUAGUACGCAGAGCCCCAGAACCGCGAGUGAUAGACAGGGAGGGUGUGUAUGAACUCAGCCUGUCACCUUCAGGCGUCUCUAGGGUACGUUUAUAUCCUGGCUUUGUUGACACGCAGGAAGCGGACUGGGUGUUGGACCAGCUGUGUCGGGAUGUUCCCUGGAAACAGAGGACGGGCAUCAGAGAGGAUAUAACUUAUCUGCAACCAAGACUUACAGCAUGGUAUGGAGACCUCCCUUACACUUACUCAAGAGUCACUAUGGAACCAAAUCCUCACUGGCCUCCCGUGCUGCGAGCACUGAAGCACCGUAUUGAAGAGAACACCGGCCACACCUUUAACUCCUUACUCUGCAAUCUCUACCGAAGCGAGAAGGACAGUGUGGACUGGCACAGCGAUGACGAGCCCACGCUGGGGAGGUGGCCUGUCAUUGCCUCGCUCAGCUUUGGCGCCAUGCGCACUUUUGAGAUGAGGAAGAAGCCCCCGCCUGAAGAGAACGGAGACUACACCUAUGUGGAAAGAGUGAAGAUACCUUUGGAUCACGGGGCCCUGUUGAUCAUGGAAGGAGCGACGCAAGCUGACUGGCAGCAUCGAGUGCCCAAAGAAUACCACUCCAGAGAACCGAGAGUAAACCUGACCUUUCGUACUGUGUAUCCAGACCCCGGUGGGGCGCCCCGGUGACCACGCUUUGUGGAGAAGCCUUUGGGUGCUGUGACUGAGCCUGCACGGCCCUCUGGCAGAAGACACUGCAGGAGGCUGCUCCAGCUUCCCCGGGAUGCAGCUGUUUGGAAGAUGGGGGCAUUUGGUUCCCGGCUCACUGUCCCAUUAAACGAGAGCCCCUAGCAAUUCAAUUGUAAUUUGUCCACCGCAGGAACAGUUAUUCUGAAGCACAUCUCAAAACCACGCAUUAUCUUUAGGCAAGUUAAAAACUACUGUGGCUGUGCUUGCAGAUGAUUUGGGCCAUAAUCUGUUUUUCUCCUGCCCUCCCCCUGCAGUCUGAAGAAAUGUGAAUGGCCUCGUGUAUCUGGGGAAAAUCUGCACGUGUUUGUCCAUUAUGACGUCCGUGGAGCAGAGAUAUAAAUACAUGUCAGCAGCUCUGGAGCCUUCUGGGGGCAGACAGCUGCAGAAACCCAAACAGAGGUGGCUUCGGGAGCCUUGCUGAAGUCUGUCUUGGCUCUGUCACAUCCCAACCUGUGUGUUAUUGUAGUGGAAAGCUGUACAUGCAGGGCACGCUCUGGGGAAUACUCCUCUAGAUGAAGGGUGGGGGGGUGCUCUCCCCUCAGGCAGUCGCCCGACACCUACGGUACCAGAAAAUACGGCCCUUUGGGUAAGGAAGAAGAGCUGAGGAUUCGUGAGAAGCAGGCUGAAAUGUUGGCAGAAGAGCAGCAAAUGCCCUGUUAGUGACAGCUGUUCCACAUAGAUUAGGUUCCCCUGGAGAAUCACUUGAGUCAUUUAAAGCCAGCCGGAUAGAAGCGAGAGCAGACCUACAGGGAAUAGGCCAAGUGAGCUCAUGCUCCUCCCCACCCGACUCAAGCAGCCCCGUGACUAAGGCUGGCUGUGACUCCGUGUUCCCUUGUGCACCGUUUCUGAGGUUCAGAGGUUAGUCUGUGAUGUCACCGAGGUUCCCAAAACCGAACAGAGUGGCUGCCCUUCUUGCAUCCUAAAAGCACGUGUUCCCGUGCCCUCUGGACUCAGGAGCAGUGUGCCAGGUGAACGCCAGAUGAGGUAGGGAGACCCAAGAGGGAGACAGUGCACUUAACUGGAUGAAAGUAGGGCAGAGGAGUCAGAGGUUCUCUGCCUGUGGGGAAGAUUUGCAGCACCCUCUUGCUUUUUAUCUUGUUUCCUUCCAACUGUAAGGUCAGUGAUCCCCAUGAUCGUGGUGAAGUGCCAGCAGCAGGGCAAACUUACUCAGAGCUGGAGCUGGCCUGUAGCACCAUGCUUGGCCGGGUUGUGUGUCUGUCUCUGUCUCUCAACGUGUAUAGCUUCUGUCUGUGAGACACACUAAAUGCUUUUUUUAUACCUUGAGCAUCAUACCGAAACUUCCAAAGAAGAAUGUGUAAAUCCCACAAAAUCAACUCUGUGAAGUCCUAGCUGUUCUCCUAUUAAAGCAAAUAAAGCCUGGCCAGGGUGGUACAGCCAGCUCUGGUUUGGGGCGUGUUGCAUGACACUGGGAAAUUCCCCUUCCAUUCUUUACUAACUGAACUGCCAGAUGGCUCCACGUCUUCCAGCACCCGCCCCCCCAGUGUAGGGUCACUGCCGCCCAGCAUUUGAUCUCUUCACUUGUCACAUGCCUCUGUCUGUCGGGGAAACAAAUUCCUCCUCUCCAGCAGACAGAUCAGGCCACCACCACCUGGGUUUCCUGGUCAGAGCGUCAAAUCUGAGCCUUUGUGUCUCAGUGUCACUGUAGCCUGCCAUUUAUUUCCACCACUGAGAUAAUGUCCCUUCUGAAACAGUGUCAAGUAGGUAGUUGCCACAGAAUAAAACUGCAGAGUUUAGGAAUUGGCAGGAAGGACAGCCACGCUCAGCAGAUCACCCUUGCCUGUCGCCAUGUUUACUGGAAAUCCGUGCCACCUUGGAAUUGGGGUGAAGCUGGUUUUGCUGAUGUUACAGGUAAAGCAAAGAAAGGCAGUGUCUGUAGCCUGAAGAAAAACAGAUUCAGGGUUUUCAGCUGCUAUUUUUGUCUUUUCUUUUUCUUCUUAAGCACUGUCCUGGGAGCUUGUGUACAUGAUCCCUAAUCCUCUCCACAGUGGGACAAGAAAGAAGAGAUCUUGUUCUCAUUGUAGAGAUGACGAGAAAAGCCUCAUCUUAAACAGUUCAGCAUGUACACUUGUAGUGGCAGGGCCAGAAUUGAGACAACAGGUGAAUCCCCAAACGUGUGCUUUCUCAGGUCUGGCUCCGGCAGACGUGGCCACCGCCAACCCCAUGCCGCCCGUGUGUUUCCUGCUUUCUUGUGUAUCGGGAUCUCAUCCCUGCUUACUCAACAUUAGCAUCUUCUGGUCAAAAACUGUUGCCAGCUGGGUUAGCAAUUGGUCAUUUAAUUGGGGAAACUCAUUUUGGUGAAAUACGGUGCAUUUAGAAAAAGCUUCAGCCAACUUUCCUGGCAAGUGUUUCCUACCACAUACCUGGAAACCUUCACAGGCAAGGGUUUCUCUGUGGUCCCUUCAUCCCUCAUCGUGUCUGAAUGAUGGCCAGACUCGGUAUGAGGCUCGUUCCUGUAUUUGCCAAACCCACUGCUCCAGCCCAGAGAAGCAGGUCAGGCUGCAGCUCGAGAUGCCUCCGCAGCAGGCAGCUUGAUUCAACGUGGUCAGGACAGCAUGACAGCACCAGGUUGUACCCCUAAACUGCAAUCGGGUCCCACUUUGAUCCACAAAGACUAAACCGGUAGCACUGCCGGGGACUUACCAGACGUUGGGGGUCACAGCUAAUGGACCUUGGGGCACCCAUCUCACUUCUGCUGCCUGUGCUGCCAUGGCCCUGCCUGGACCCAGGCCCUGCCGAAGCCACCUUGAAGGAGUUAAGGUGGCCCCACAGUGAGUGGGGUGCUCCCGUUGGGGGGGUUGCAGGGAAAGUCCUGACAAGUGAUGUGUUCCUGCUCUGCUGGGAAUAUUUCUUCCUUGGGUUCUGGCAGCUUUUCUCUUGGCUGCAGAAUAUCUAAGACCCGCUUUGCCUUUUCUGGUCAUAAACACUUGUCGUGUUGAAUCUGAAGUCUUGAUUAUUUUAUUUUUCUUAACG